AUGAGUGAAAAAGUGGGUCCACUCUCAUUCGAUACCCCUCAACCCGGAGAAAUGGCAUUCGAUAAACCGUAUUCCGAAACAACGGCACAAUUAAUCGAUCAAGAAGUUCGAGAUCUUGUACAAAAUGCGUUGAGAAUUACCCGAGAAUUGUUGUUGGAAAAGAGAAGUGAUAUUGAUAAGGUGAGCUCGAAAUUUCGGAGGGGGUUUGGAAUUAAAAUUUUGAAGCAGUAAGUUUUUAUAAAUGUUUUUUUGAAACAGUAAGUUUUUAUAAAAAAACAUUUGAAAAUGAAAUUUAAAAUAUUUUUUUCAAAUUUUGAAACAGUAGAUUUUUUUUAUUAUCAUUUAGUUUUAUAUGCGGUUUUCUAACUUUUGAAAAUAAAAUACAAAAAAAAUGAGACAUGUAAAUUUUUUGUGAAUAUAUUUCCUAGAAAAAUUCGAAGUUUUCCAUGUAGUUUUAGAUUUUCAACGGGAAUAAUUAAUUUAAUUUGAAAAUUUCUGAAUUUUUAGUGAAAUAUUGAAACAGUAAAUUUUUAAACAUUUAUAUCCCCUGAGAAAAUCACUUCUAGCAAUUUCCAAGCACACUUAUCUUGUUUUUCAAAAUCUUGAAACAGUAAAUUUUUCCAAACAAAUUUGGAUUUUUCUUCAUAGUUUCCACCUAGUGUUUUUUUUUUGUAAAUUUUUAGCUUGAAUUCUUCAUAGAAAAUAUGGAAAUUUUCUAAAACUGUAUGAAUUAAUUUCAAAAAUGUUAAAUUUCAUGGAAGCUUCCGAAGCAAAAUGAUUUUUUUGUUUGUUUGUUUGACAAUUUGAAUUUCAACCUUUUCCCCUCAUUAUAUAUCGUGAUCAAAAGAAAAUUUAGUUUUUGAUACGUUUGAAACAGUGGAUUUUUUAAAAAUAUAUGGUAAACAAGUGAGAACAAACAAAAUUAAAAUUGAAUAAGUUCUUGGCGAUUUUUUGAAACAGUAGACUUUUGGAGAAUAAAAACUCGAAUUAUUCAUCGAAAAUUUUGGGGUUGUUAAAGCUUGGUUUCAAGAAUUUACAUUGUGAAAAUGUGAAAUUGAGAAUUUUUAGUAAAAUUUUGAAAAAGUAGAUUUUUCGAGAUAAAAGAAAAAAUAUCAAUCAAUUUUUGAGCAUAUUUGGAAAAAUUCAAGGAAUUUUGAAACAGUAAAAAUUUUUAAAUUAAUUUUGUUGCAGGUAGCAAUUCGCCUGUUGGAAAAGGAAAUUUUGUCACGUGAAGAUAUGGUUGAAAUAGUUGGAAAAAGGCCGUUCAAUGAGAAGAAUACUUAUGAAGAAAUGGUUUCUGGAACUGGCGGUUUGGAUGAAAAUGUCGAAUUACCAAAAGGACUCGAAAAUUGGAAUAAGGAAUCAAGUGAAACGAAGGAAAAAUCAAAUUAG